ACGGUUUUAUAGUACAAAGUCCAUUAGUUUACAAUGAAGUCACCGUGUCAUGAUAGAACGAUUCAGUAUGUCACUACUCACUUGACUCUUCGAUACUGCCUUCAUGCGUUUUUUGUCAGCUUUUGUUCAGACGAAUUAUCGAACUUCGCUUGAAUGUUUCACCAAAAUGAGAACCUCAGCCAGCAAAAUGUAUCUGAUGUACAAUGGAUCAAGAGCGAUCGUGCUUCAUGUUGCUCAAACCAGCAACAAAAUCUUGGCGGUAUCUAGCAGCGCUAUAACCGCGUCGGUCGCUUUUGACAAAAAUCGAUGAGCCUGUAU